UGGUUUGGUCCACAAGCUUCACUUUAAGGAAUUUGUCUUGACUUUUGACUAUUCCUUGUCCCGCAAUUCAGGUCUCAUUGAUCAACGGCUAAGAUGAAGCGAGAAGGCAAACAACACGGUAUGGUCAGGACUUACCGGAUUCUGCCUCCGUCUCUGAAUCCAAGGCCGGAAUCGAAGUUGGUCAACCCUUUGACUUCACGGCCAACCGCUGGAUUGUUUACCAAAGUGACAUCAAAGCCGACCAAUCACUCGAAAUUCACCGGAAAAUGUGGUCAAGCAAGGUGCCUUGAUUGUCAUAUGCAUCCGAUCACCAAAUCCAAAGCCAAGACUAAAGGCUCUUCUAAGGUGAGAUCAAAUGAUGUUACCUACAAGAUGCUGACUUGGCAGGUCGCUGCGGGAGGGCCUAGACCCGGUUUGAAGCUUUCCGGGUUCUCGGCUACCGGGAUACUUGAUCUUAUGUCUGAUGAUUAUGGUUAUGAUCAUGAUUAUGAAGAUGAUGAAGAAGAUGAAGAAGAAGAAGAAAACAGAGCAAGUGUUGUAGAAGAAAUUGUGAAAAUACAGAGUAGUGAUGAUGAUGGUGAAACAGAAGAAGAUGGGUCACAUGAUGAUGAUGAUGAUGAUGAUGAUACUGAUGAUGAUGGAAGGAUGAGUUUUUGUGAUGUGGGGAUGAUGAUGAUGAUGGAUCAUGUGGAAGAAUAUGAUGAAGGAUGGUAUUUGGUUGAAGAAAUGAUGACUUAAUUAAUCUCUUUGAUCAUUGAUCUGGCUGAUUAUCCCCCAAUAAUUGUCUUUCCUUUUGCUUUUGUAAAUUUUAUCAUUUUUAAUAACUUGGGGGAAUGAUUGAUUAUAUCUAUGUAAAUGUGAUUUGAUUCUUAAAUCAAAAACUAUGAUUUAUAAUUGUAAUUUAUGUAAAGUUGAAACCUUUUCUCAACAA